AUGCUCUUCACUCCUGGCCUGGCAUUAAUACUAUGUCUCGUCCAUGCGACGACCGCGGUUAGCGACGAUAAACCUCCUCCGAAGCCAUGUACCAUACAUUCGCCUUCGACCGGUUCCUUCAUAGACCUUCGCUCCUUGACCCUGUCCACUGAUGGCAACAACAUCCAGGCUGCCACCAACGAGUCCUACCAUGCCAAAGGCUACGACUAUCCGUACAACUUUACGUUGAAUUUCUGCGAUUCGGUUGUGGAGAGACUGGAAGAUGUUGUAGGCAUCCGAGAGAGCCGGUGGACCAAUGUGUCUGCCUACUACACAGACCGGUACGACAAUGUGAUCAGCAUUGGCCAACAGAACAACGAGCUGCUGUUCCGCGGGAAGAAGCUCCUGUUGAACUAUACUAUGGGCUCGCCAUGUCCAGACCUGGACGAAGAUGGCUAUCCUAUACAGACACAUCACGCCACUCCUCGGGAAAUCGUGGAUGGUGGCGACGAUGAUGAUCGCAAAAAGAGCAAGGCGGCAACAAGGCGUAAGACCACCAUGAUGUCCUUCACGUGUGAUACGUCGCCGCUACUCUCAACUCGGCCUGCUAUCUCUUUUCUCGGAACCCCCGACCACUGCACGUACAUCUUCGAGGUGAGGAGUCGACAUGCCUGUGGAGGAACGACCGCUUCUCACGAAUCUGGAACCCUCGGCCCCGGCGGGGUCUUUCUCGUCAUCUCAGGUAUCGCUUUGUUGGUCUACUUGAUCGGUGGCGUUGUUUACCAGCGGAAUGUCAUGCAUCAACGUGGCUGGCGUCAACUACCCAACUAUGCCCUAUGGGCUGGGCUCUUUGGUUUCAUUUCGGACAUGUUUAUCAUCCUCUUUUCUUCAUGCAUCCAAAGCAUGCCUUCCGUACAACGACUUUUUGGUGGCCGCGGACGAGGUGGCUACCACCGCGUUGGCGCUGACGAUUACCGCAACGGCAACGGCAAUGCUCGAGGCCGUGGCCGCGACGCCGAAGCCGAGAACCGCUUAAUAGAUUCCUACGAUGAGGAGUGGGACAAUUGA